UUGAGCUUCACAAGUUUAGACACUUUCGGAUGCUUUGGACAUGAUGUGUGAAAAAUUCUAAUAUCGGUCCCAUUAAUUGAAUGGGAUUUGUACCAAGGAAACUAAACCGAAGCAUGGAUUCCUGUCGUACCUUGUCUAUAUACUGCUUACAGGUUAAGCAAACCAAUGCGUAUUUUUUUAUUUGACUGAACUAUCCCUUUAACCAGUGAUGUAGUGGGGAAAAAAUUGGUGGCAGAACGCUGAUCGCUGUUCAGGAUUAGAGAAGUAACAGUCCCUAUGCUUUCAAUGCAUUUUUCUGCAAAAUUUGGGUAAACGCUCGUGCAAAAUAAAAAAAAAAGUGUGUUAACGGUGUUUAACCUGCACUACAUCACUGUUGUUAACCCUGUCACAAAGGCUCAUUGUUACUUUGUUCUGAGAGAAACAGCAUUUUUUAAGUAUUUUGAGAGACGCGUGUCCCUGGACAUGUGGACAGAUCUCAGUGCUCUAUGGCCCUCUAUUCCAUGUUGCUGAGUCAGGGGUUAGUACAAUGGGGUUCACAGGUAUAAAAAGAAAGGUUUUAAACCAGUAGGAUAACAGUUCCCCAGCAAGAGCAGCAGCAGCACAGAGAGACAAAAUGACCUCUACCGGCAUGAACAUGAACGGCAGAGUAAGUAUUAUAUUUAGUGUAUUUAUUAAUAUAAAUGUUCCUAGCUUGUUAGACUGAGUGCACUUUAGUACUCUAGUGUCAGAGCACAAGGCAACCUUAAUCCCAGAAAGCUGAUUGUCAGUGGGAUUGGGCAAGGCCCAACAUGUAGCAUUGUCUUUUUGUAUGUUUGAAUGGUGAACAGAAAUGAUUCUUGCUUAUUUUCAGAUCAACUUCUACGAAGACAGGAACUUCCAGGGUCGUUCCUAUGAGUGCAGCAGCGACUGCCCUGACAUGUCCUCCUACCUGAGCCGCUGCCAGUCCUGCAGGGUUGAGAGCGGAUGCUUCAUGGUGUACGACCGCCCCAACUACAUGGGAAACCAGUGGUUCAUGAAGAGGGGAGAGUAUUCUGACUAUCAGCACAUGAUGGGAAUGACCGAUAUCAGGUCCUGCCACAUGAUCCCCAUGCACAGAGGAUCUUUCAGGAUGAGGAUCUACGAGACGGAGAACUUUGGAGGUCAGAUGCACGAGAUGAUGGACGACUGUGACAGCAUCAUGGAUCGUUACCGCAUGAACAACUGCAUGUCCUGCAACGUUAUGGACGGCCACUGGCUCAUGUAUGAGCAGCCCCAAUACAAAGGCAGGAUGAUGUACAUGAGGCCUGGAGAGUACAGAAACUUUAACCAGAUGGGCUCUAUGGGUAGGCUCAUGAGCAUGAGGCGUAUCAACGAGUCCUGUUACUAGAUAUUGCUUUUUACUGAUGUAAA